AUGGCCACGUCAGCUUCGAUUCCAGAAGAUGCCAAAAUCGAUAGUCGCGUCGAGCAUCUCGAAGACCUCAACCCGGAUCCCAAAGAUAACCAUACCCACGUCGAUGGCAAUGCCCUGCUUGUAAACAAGGAUGGCGAAGUUCGACGGAUUCCUGUGCCCUCUUCGGACCCGAACGAUCCUUUGAAUUUCAGAAAAUGGGAGAAGUACGGUCUGGUGUUCUGCUGUUGUUGGUUCUCCAGUAUGGGCCUGUCGAUUGCAAGCGGACUCGGUGCCAUCCUGAGUGUCUUCUUCCAGAUGUACACCCCUCAAGGAUACUCAUCAGACGAGAUUGUUCUUCUUAUUACGAUCCCAACUCUGUGCAUAGGCCUUGGAAACUACAUCAUUCUUCCCCUUUCGCUAGCCUACGGCAGACGCCCCGUCUUCCUUGGCUUCAUGGUCAUCCUUCUGAUUGCCACCAUUGCAGCUGCUCUGCAGAAUAGCUACAACGGACAUCUCGCCUCACGCAUCGUCCAGGGCCUGGCUACUGGUGCCUCGGAAUCACUCCUCCCGCUCAUGCUCACCGAAGUCACCUUUCUCCACGAACGGUCUCGGAUAUUCGGUCUAUACUGGAUGGCGCAGAAUGCAAUCUCAUCAACGAUUAACCUUGCGUCAUCAUACAUCAACCACGACCUGGGCUGGCGAUGGUAUUACUGGGUUUUCGUCAUCACUGUGGCUGUUGGUCUGGUGAUUGCGUUCUUAUUUGCUUUCGAAACCCAGUUUACCCGCCCGCCCGAGUCUCUAGACGGUCAACUUGUUAUUACCGAUGAGUUUGGUGUCACCCGCGUCAUCCCUGACUCGGAAGCGCAAGCGUAUCUCGAAGAGAUGAGUCGCUCUGGACUCACAGCUCCGGGAGCUGGGAACGCUGCUGGUGCCAUUGAGCGUAAGACCUAUGCUCAGAGAAUCAGGCCUUGGUCUACGCCCCAUCCACAGCCUCUUCAGGUUAUGUUGCUGAGCUGGAAGCACAUGGCCGAAUCAAUGUCCUCCCCUGGAAUCAUCUACGCCGUUCUCACAUCCUCCAUCGCCUUGGGUUGCGGUGUGGGCAUGAGUCUCACUUACAAUACUGUGUUGAUGGACAACUACCACUGGCAAGCGGCUGACAUCGGCCUGAUCAAUGUCGGUGGCGUUAUUGGCGCUGUGCUCGGUAUGCUUUUCUGCACAUUCAUUGGCAACCCAUUCGUGAUGUGGCUUGCCCGCUGUAACCGAGGUGUGCACAUUCCGGAGCACCACUUGGUCACAAUGGUACCACCUGCCAUUGUUGGCGUCGGUAUGCUGUUGCUGUAUGGUUACACUGCUCCUGGAGGGACGACCUGGUGGGGACCUUACAUGGGCUGGACCAUCUUUCAGUACUCAUUCACAGCGAUUAUCAUCAUUUCCACGACAUUUGCUUCCGAAGCAGCUCCCAAACAUCCCGGGCCUGCGUUGGUCGUAGUUGUCGGUACGAAGAAUGUGGUGUCAUUCGGCGUGACCUAUGGGUUGACGCCAAUGGUCGAGAGGUUCGGGUAUCAGACUGCAUUCGGUGUCCUUGCCGGGAUCUUUGGUGUGAUCUUCCUUCUUGGAAUUCCUGUGUACAUUAUCAACCCCAAGUGGCGUGCUUACAUGUCUGAGAGGGAGAGUAGAAAGGGUCACGUUGGAGCGCCUUGA